ACUUUACCAAAUUUCAGUAACAUUCGAACGUCUUACACAAGCAGAACAUCUUCUUGUUCUAACAGCUUCCGGAGGAGUUGGCCGCCUCUCUCUUCCAUCCUUCUCUGCAGCUGUGAUUCUGCAGCGCAACAACAGCUUCUUUCUUUCAGUAACCAUGGGGUGCAUUUAGAAGACGUCAAGAAACUGUUGGAUUCUGGAAUUGAAUUACCAGCAGUUGAUGCUAUGGAUGAGAAUCAUUGUUGUCCGUUGAAAGAUCAAGAACUGAAGGCUGAUGUAUUCUGUGGGAGCACAGAAGAGGAUGGGUUUGUGCAUUCAGAUCCAAGAUCCUCUGUUGAUCAAACCCUAGCUGCCAAAGGAGAGAGUGAAGUUAUAAAGGACAAGAAGGUUUCAAAGUUUCAAGUUGAAAUUUUGGGUGAAAGUAUGUGUUUUCAGAAAGAUGAAAAGUUGAAUGCUGUGUCUGUGGGUGGGAGCACAGAAAAUGAUGGUGUUGUACGUAUUAAUAUGUAUUCAUCUGCCGAGCAGACCGAACUUGGCACUGAAGUGGAAUCAGCCAUUAAUGAUGAAGGGAAUUCUAAUUCCAAGCUUGAUGUUCCAGGGAAUGAUGCUGUAUGUGGUAGCCUGUAUCCUCACACAACCAAGCUUAACGUUGGCAUAGUUGACGGGAGCACAGAUACAGAGCACGUGGAUCCUGAUUCCAGAAAAGACAUAUCAAGUUCCAAAGUUGAAGUUUUGGUGAGUCAUGUAUUGUAUGGGGAUGCAUCUUUUGCAGAAAAGGAUGGGUUUGCGUGUUCAGAUCCAAGAUCCUUUGUUGAUCAAACCCUAGCUGCCGAAGGAGAGAGUGAAGUUAUAAAGGAUGAGAAUAUUUCUAAGUCACAAGUUGAAGUUUUGGGUGAGGGUAUGUGUUCUCAGAAAGAUGAAAAGUUGAAUGUUGUGUCUGUGAGUGAGAGCACAGAAAAUAAUGGCAUUGUUCAUACUAACAUCUAUUCCUCUGCUGUGCAGACUGAACUUGGCAUUCAAGAGGAAUCAUCCUUUACUAGUGAUGAAGGGACUUCUAAUUCCAAGGUUGAUGUUCUGGGGAAUGGUGCUGAAUGUGGUAGCCUGCAUCAUCACAACCCUCAGCUUAAGGUUGGCAUAGUGGAUAGGAGCACAGAUAAAGAUCACAUGGAUCUUGAUUCCAGCAAAGACACAUCAAAUCCCAAAGUUUUGUUGAGUCAUGUAUUGGAUGGGAAUGCAUCUUUUGCAGAAAAAGAUUGUUAUGAUCAAUUGUUGAAGGUUAAAACAGUGAAUGGAAACACAAAUAAUGAUGACAUUACAGAUGUAGGUCCUCCUUUAGUUGAAUCUUGCAAAACUGAGCUUGAAGUUGACACAGCAGAUGGGAGCAUUGACAAAAAUCAGUUUGCAUGUUUGAGUCUUGAUUCCAGUGAAGAAAUACCUGAUCCUAAAGUUAAAGAUUUGGGGUCCCAUGCUUUGGACAGCAAUUUAUCUUCUCCAGAAAAAGACUUACUGUUGAAGAUUGAGACAGCGUCUGGGAGCCCAAAAAAAGAUGACAUUUUACAUGGAGACCCUUCUUUAGUUGCCGACUGUCUUUUUAUUGGGGAUUGCACUGCACCUGUUCUUGGUAAAAAUGUGGACAUCAUUGAACAGAAUGUGUCUAUGCAAGAUGAGAACCAAGAGACAAUUGUCCCACUAGCUCAACAAUUUACUGUUGGGGUAGAUGGGGAUAAGAGCAAGAAUCCCCUUACUGUUGAGGAGACAUCAAACCAUGGGGCUUGUGUUUCAGAAAUUUUAGACUUAGCUGCUGACAUCAUUGUUGGUCCUCAAGCUGAGCUUGAUUCUGCUGCUUUUUGUAGUGGGGGUGACUCUAGUGUUACUGGCUGUAUCAACCCUUUGCCAGAUGGAAAUCAAGAUUUGGAAGUUCAAAUGGUAGGCAAUCAAAUUCAUCUCGCAGAUGGGGAGCAAGCGAAGGAUGCUCCUAUGUCUAAAGUAGUAACAUUUCAUGAAGUGGACAACCGGGUUGUGAAUGCAAAGAGUGAAUCCAACAACUCUGAUGGAAAUAGUAUUGGGGGUAAUUUUGUUCCUGAAUCCGGUCUUUCACAUUUUAAAGAUGAUGAAUCUAUGGCUCAUUCAGGGAAAUGUGAUGACUGUAGUUUGCAAGAUGAGGUUGUCAAUGAAAAGAUUUCUCCACCUCAUGAAUGCAACCAUGAAGGCGCUAAGAUUCAGGGAAUGGGAAGCACAGAGGAAUUUCCAGUGCUGGGUUUCUUGGACAAGAGCCGGUCUUUUACUCCUUCCCAGGUUGGUUCAAGUGUAGGACAAGAAGCUGUAGUUGAUGAGCAAGUCAUUGAUGCUGAAGGAUUUGAUUUAGAAGAAAAGCAUGAAAUACAAGCUCAAGAACAGCCUACUGGUUUUGAGCAUAUGAAAAGCAUUGAGGAGGAAGUUGUAAAACGGGUAACUAUGAAGCUUGGAAUCUCUGCUAAAGUGCAUGAGGCUAUUGAUGAGCUGCGCUUGGAGCCUGAAGGUGAGUUUUCUGUGUCUGAUUUAGUGUGGGGGAAGGUAAGGAGCCAUCCUUGGUGGCCAGGACAGAUAUUUGAUCCUUCAGAUUCUUCAGAAAAGGCAAUAAAAUAUCAUAAGAAGGAUUGCUAUUUGGUAGCAUAUUUUGGGGAUCGAACAUUUGCAUGGAAUGAAGCAUCUCUGUUAAAGUCGUUCCGUAUGCAUUUCUCUCAGAUAGAGAAGCAGAACAGUUCAGAAACAUUUCAUAAUGCUGUCAAUUGUGCUUUGGUGGAGGUUUCUAGACGGGUAGAGUCAGGGUUUGCUUGCUCUUGUAUUCCUAAAGAAGCCUAUGACGGAAUCAAGUAUCAGAUUGUUGAAAAUAUAGGGAUUCGACAAGAAUCAAGUAGAAGAGAUGGUGUCGACAAAUCUGCUGGCGUGGACUCCUUUGAGCCUGCUAAACUUCUGGAGUAUAUACAUGCAUUAGCACAGUUCCCUUCUGGUGGGAUUGACCGACUGGAGCUCGUGAUAGCCAAGGCACAAUUGUUAGCCUUCAAUCGUUUAAAGGGUUAUAGCCAGCUCCCUGAAUUCCAGUUAUGUGGUGCUUCAUUGGAAAUUGAUGCAGAUAUGCCACUGCCCGAGGGAAAAAGGCACUCAAGUGAUGUGAAUGGGCAUUCAUCUCCUCUUUCUGUGGAUGAUGUCCUUGUUUCUGCUGGCAAGGGAAAGUUAAAAAGUCAAAACAGCUCAUCUUGUAAGCGCAAGUACAAUUUGAAGGAUAGUAUGUAUCUUAGGAAAAAAGAAAGAAGUUUGGUAGAGUUAAUGUGUAGGACUCCAUAUUCUCCAGAUCAUGAUGGGUCAGAUAGGAAAGCUUCCAGUAAGUUGGCUUCAUCAUCUUCUGGCAAGAAACGAAGGGCUGUUGAUUCCUUGGCUGAUGACUCAAUUAUGCAUGAUAGAAGAAAAAGUAUUACGUUGGCCAAAGUUUCCAUGACCACUCCACCAAGUCCCAGUCAAUCCUUUAAGGUUGGUGAAUGCGUCAGUAGAGUUGCUAGUCAACUAACUAGGUCUCCCUCCAUCCUUAAGUGCACCAGUGAAAGACUCCAGAAUGUAGAUGGAUGCAGUGACAACAGUUUUGGGGUUGAUUUUGAUGCUUCCAUUCAGAUUUCUGAUGAGAGAGGAAAGAUGAUUGUUCCAAUAGAAUACUCAUCCCUUGAUGAGAUGCUAUUACAACUUCACUUGGCUGCACAAGAUCCCCUGAAUGGAUAUGGUUUCUUGAAUCUCAAUAUCAGUUUCUUUUUUAACUAUAGAAAUUCUAUUAUCACUUCUGGAAGGGAAAAUCUAUCCAUGGACAAGCCAUCUGGUGGUAGAAAGAAAAGAUCGUCACAUUUUUUUGUUGGGUCUCCCAAACCAUUUGAAUUUGAGGAUAUGAGUGAUUCUUAUGGGAAAGAGAGAAUUAUUAAAAAUAGUUCUGAAGUGCGACCAUCACGCAGGGGUCGGAAGAGAAAGACAGAAUAUCAGCUUGUGUGUGUUGAAAGACAAGAUUCCCUUUUGUCUGGAAACUAUGGAAUGGCAGCAGAGAAAUCAACUAACUAUGAUGAUGAGAGGAAACAGGAUCUUUCACCAACAGAACUUAUACUGAACUUUGCUGAGGUGAAAUCUGUUCCUUCUGAGACAAAUUUAAACAAAAUGUUUAGGCGCUUUGGGCCUUUGAGGGAAUCCGAAACAGAAGUUGAUAGGCUGACCAGCCGUGCCAGAGUGAUAUUUAAAAGGUGUUCUGAUGCAGAAGUUGCCUUCAAUAGUUCCGGAAAGUUCAACAUUUUUGGACCAACGGUUGUUAAUUACCAGCUUUGCUAUUCUCCAUCAGUAUCAUUUAAAUCUCUGCCUGUUGCAAUCACAGAAUGCAGCAAGGAUGAGACUUUGAUGUCUCGGCACUUCUAAUAUUCCUAUUUGCAAGUCUUGUGUAAGUUUUUUGCGUGUAGACUGAUUUUCAUUUCAAUCAAACUUACAUUUUUAAGCUA